AUGCCACCUAAGGCCCGUCCCCCGCUUCCCCCCGGUGAUGCCGAUAAGGGUGAAAAGAUCUUCAAGGGGCGUGCGGCGCAGUGCCACAGUGCCACCAAGGGCGGCGCAAACGGUGUUGGUCCCAAUCUCUACGGUAUUGUCGGCCGCAAAUCUGGAACAAUUGAGGGAUUUGCAUACAGCAAGGCCAACCAGGACUCAGGGGUGAUAUGGACUCCAGAGGUGCUGGAUGUGUAUCUUGAGAACCCGAAGAAGUUCAUGCCCGGUACGAAGAUGUCCUUCGCUGGACUGAAGAAACCACAGGAGCGCGCUGAUCUCAUCGCCUAUCUUGAGAAAUUAAAUGAAUAA